UUUGGAAUUACCAUGAACGCUUUGAACGACGAUAACAGCGAGUUCCGGCGAAUGGGAAGGAAAAUAUUCGAACCUACAUUACAACUGCGCCUAAGAGAAACUCUCAGACAAAUGUGGCCCAGCCUUUAUCACAUACUCGGUCCCUAUCUGCAGAACAAAGAUGUGGACUCGUUUUUCGUUAAUUUAAUUCGUGACACGAUAAACUAUAGGAAAGAACAUAAUAUCUCCAGGCCGGAUUUCGUUAACAUGUUAAUGGAAGUUGAAGAGCACCCAGAGAAAAUGGAUAAUGUCG